UAUUUAUUAAAAAGUUUAGAAUAAGAAUAGAAGUAUAAAUGCUCGAUUCAGCUAGGGUUUAUUAGGGAGAGGAGGCGAGGGAUAUACUGAGAACGGAGGAGUAGCCACCGCCGCUAAGCCAAAAAUGGGUAUUUCAAGGGACUCCAUGCACAAAAGGCGUGCCACUGGUGGCAAAAAGAAAGCCUGGAGAAAGAAGAGAAAGUAUGAGCUUGGUCGUCAGACUGCAAAUACCAAGCUUUCAAGCAAUAAGACUGUGAGGAGGAUUCGUGUUAGAGGAGGAAAUGUGAAGUGGAGAGCUUUGAGAUUGGACACGGGAAAUUAUUCUUGGGGUAGUGAGGCUGUCACUCGCAAGACUCGCAUUCUUGAUGUGGUUUACAAUGCCUCUAAUAAUGAGCUUGUUAGGACACAAACUCUGGUUAAGAGUGCUAUUGUUCAGGUUGAUGCAGCUCCAUUUAAGCAAUGGUAUCUUCAGCACUAUGGUGUUGAUAUUGGCAGGAAGAAGAAGACUGUAGCAAAGAAGGAAACUGAGGAAGGGGAAGGGGAAGGUGCUGCUGCAGAGGAAUCUAAGAAGAGCAACCAUGUGAUUAGGAAGCUUGAGAAGCGCCAAAAGGAUCGUAAGCUUGAUGCCCACAUUGAAGAGCAGUUUUGGGGUGGUAGAUUACUGGCCUGCAUCUCAUCCCGUCCUGGUCAAUGUGGCAGAGCUGACGGGUACAUAUUGGAGGGUAAGGAACUUGAGUUCUAUAUGAAGAAGCUCCAAAGGAAGAAGGGCAAGGGUGCUGGAGCUGCAUAAAUAUAAGACUUGUCAAGUUUUUGGUGUCUACUGUUUUGUUUAAUUUACUUUUGGUUCCUUGAGUUUUAGAAUCUGUUGAGAUACAUUAUUGGUUGCUAUUAAAGAAACGAUCCUCAUUCCGCACGA